UGGUCACUCUGCGAGCGGCUCCCGUGGAGGCAUCAUGUCCCGCCUGGCUCUGCUCCUCCUGGUGCUGGUCGCUGUGACCGCCGCCUUCAAAAAGCAGGGAGCAUGCUUCUCCAAAACUCUCGGUAAGAAGUUCAGCAACGGCGCCACGUGGACGGAACCAUCCUGUAUCCGGGCGAGGUGCCUGAACGGUCGCAUCUCACGGCUGCCCUGCGGUUUGAUUGCCAACAAGCCCGGAUGUAAGAUAGUUAAAGGUGACAGCAACGCGCCGUUUCCGGCCUGCUGCCCCAAGGUUGAAUGCCCCAAGCCCUGUUUUUCUGACGUUUUGAAGAGGCUGUUUAAGAACGGGGAUAAGUGGACGGAGCCCGGAUGCAUCCAGGGCGUCUGUAAUGAUGGAGAAAUCGGACGGCUUCCCUGCCCCCUGAUCAAGCCCGGACCGGGCUGUGUGCUCGUAAAGGGUGAUCCGAACGCCCCUUACCCCGGCUGCUGCCUGUCGUUCAAGUGUCCCAAGCCGGGUCAGUGCUACUCCAAAGGACUGGACAAGUUCUUCGACAGCGGCGCGGAGUGGACCGAGCCGCCCUGCCAGCGGAACAGGUGCGAGGAUGGUAAGGUGGUCGGUGUGCCCUGCGGCCGGCCGGCCGUCGGCCCCUUCUGCCGGCUGGUGAAGGGCAAGCCCGGCGCCCCGUACCCCAAGUGCUGUCCCUCCACUGUCUGCAGGUGCUACUCCAAGGCCCUGAAGAAAUUCUUCAACGACGGUGACGUUUGGACCGAGCCUCCGUGCACCCGCGCCAAAUGCGAGAAAGGCAACGUUGUCGCUCUGGGGUGUCCUUUGCAAGCCGGUGAUAAAUGCGUCCGAGUGGAAGGAAAGCCUGGAGCCAAGUACCCGAAAUGCUGCCCUAAAAUCACCUGCGCCAAGGAAGAUCAGUGUUUCUCCAAAGCUCUGAAGAAGAUUUUCGAUGAUGGCGCAAAGUGGACCGAGCCGAAGUGCACAGAGGCCCAAUGUUCCAAGGGUGACAUUAUUCGAAAGGCCUGUCCCCUGAUCCGCCCCGCUCCUGGCUGCACAGUAGUUGAGGGGCGACCUGGAGCGUCAUAUCCCGGAUGCUGCCCCAGAGUUGUCUGCAAACUGCGCCUCCGGUGCUACUCGAAGAUUCGAGGCAAAUACUACAACGACGGUCAGACGUGGAGGGAGACCUUGUGCGAGCGGGCGACCUGCGUGAGAGGCAAAAUUGUAAGGAAAAUCCAGUCCCAGUGCCCAAAUAUCUGCAUGGGCAACGGCAAGAAUCAGUGCUUCCCAGCAAAACACUAAAAGCUGAUGAACUUCGAUACUAAACAAUGUAACUUUACACGUU